GGGAACUCAGACACGGUUGAUUAUGCAACGAGAGACAAGGCACAAGAUAUAGAGAAAAAGAGACAUAAGUGACGGCAAGGCGCAUCGACCGUUAUCGACGGCUUAAGACUAUUUGUAACGCUCGGCGGGAGUUUGCAUGGUAGCAGGGCAGGGCAUCAGCAGAGAUAGCGACAUUUUAAGAUAUGUAUUUCUGGCCGUGUGCUAGGGCACACACAAACACACUCUGUCCCUAGCCUCCGUUUUGCACUGUUCCCUUGUAAGCAGCGUUUCGAAAGCAUGCGGGUAACGCCGAACCGCGUACACGAACGACCCGUGAGACACGCUGACGUUUUGGAUACCGCGUGUGCAAGAUGAAUCGUCGUCGGCCUUCUCGGUAGGACACGGAUCACGGAGUGAGGUUAAGCGAAGCAAUAGGAAAAAUCCCUUACGAAACUACAAAUAGAAUCAUCGCUCUCUAGUGUGAGAGGUCUGAGUUUACGAGACGAAGAAGCGAGUUCUUCUCAGUGGCGUUGAAGGCAGCAGGCAAGGAAAGUGACGAAAACCUUCAAUGCCGAUCGGUCGGACGCGAAUUGCCAAGAAUUAGUGGAGACUAAGAGGUAUUGGAUGCUGUCGUUAGCUGUCUGUAGGUGUGUGCGCAUCGUGCUCUAAGAUUACAAUUAGUUCGAGUGUAUGUGUUUGUGUAAGUGCAUCAAAUCAGUAGUUCUAGAGUUUAGAGUCUGCAGUCCCAUCGAACCCGUAACCGAAAACCCACCCGAAAACCGUGUGGGUUAAGCAAAACAGUGCAUUAUCCUGUCGUACACGAAAUAUUUUAGUCCCUGGAUUCCCUUCCCCCAAUUCCCAAACGAAUCGUGAGAAACACAAGCAACAAAUCCUCACCGACGAUUGAAUGAUACGAUCUGAUCGCGAUCUUCCAAGCACCGACACGUAUCGUUCAAGAUAGCCCGACAACCUACCAGCACAGCGCGUGGACUGGACGGGUGAAGAAUAACCAAGCAAAGGUAGGAAGGUGGUGGUGGUGCCUAGUGGGAAGAAACGAAACGAGUAAACCACCGAUAUCCUUCAUCGGGACAUCUGCGUCUCUCGAUGGCGAAGGGAGCAAAAAGGAAGACCAAAUGGGUGUCCUUGUCGCUGGCCAACGCAAACACGAAAACUUCGAAUGCGGCCGGCUCGGAUAGCGAACAGACGCCUCACACCCAGCAGCAAAACUAUGGAGACGGACACCGAAAUAAAAUGUACAACGGUGUUAGUUUUGCUUCAAAAGCUAGUAAAGAUUUGACAGCUGGACCGGAAGCAGUAGAAGAGCAGGGUGGAAAUGAACGCACACAGGAUCGGAGCGGUAAUCGAACCGAUACCAGUACCGGAAGUGAUUGUGCCACGGGCCAGGAGCGGCGAACGGUGAGUAACUAUCACAGACGUCGGCCUCCUCCAUACAAUGCUAGAACCGGUUGGAGUGGAGGAGGCUCGACGGGAGGUUCCAGUAAUGGUCGUAACAAUUACCAUCGCAAUGGUUACUAUGGAAAUGGCGGCGGAUACUACGGCGGUGGGAAAAGGUCUCACUUUGACAGUUACACACGGCGGCAGCAAACUGCAACCAGCACGAACAGAACGACCUCCGGCGAUGGAGCAGAGACAGGAGGAGCUACGAUUAACGAUGACGAGUACACCCGAAUAACAACCCCGCGACAGGACGUACUGUUUAAGAAGGGCUACCUAUCACGUCCGAAGCCUUCCGUCGCAACGCCCAGUACGUCAAACACUGGGUCCAGCUCAAUUGCCGGUACCACAAGCGAGGGUAGCGAUGGUGGGAACGGUGGCAGCAAUAGCAUUUCCACGACGGAAUCCAUUACAUCCGAGUAUGGUGGAUCGUAUGCGGCCGAUGGUAGCAACCAACUGUUCGACUAUUCCAUCCCAUGUAUUCCGUGCGGGUACUUUACGGAGAAAGGUGUACUGGUGAUGAAUGGUUUUGCGGUAGAUAACAAUGGUUUUUCGUACUUCAACGGUGGCCAGACGUACAUAUAUCCACCGAACUACAACGGCUGCCCACAGUCACCGUUAGCGACCACAAACACAGGGGACCAAACGACGGAUUCGAUGCUGUACGCAAAUGACGACACAAAUGACGAAGCAAACACGAAUGAAUCGACCGAACUGGACAGAUCCACACCGAACCAUGCGACACCCGUCAUAGAUUCCGAAUCGACGCCAGGGUACGGAGAUAUGUCCGUUGUUUCCUGCUCUGAGGCGUAUAACGAAAGCGGAAUCACCGGUGGUGAUGGUCAAUUUUUCACGAACGAUAGCCUUCAACCGGUGCCCCUGUGCGAAGUGGUUCCGGAGCAGACCAUAGCGAAUGGUGCUCUGCUAACUGGGGAAGAAUCCGGAGACACUAGCACGGUUUGCGAUGCGACGAAUGAAACAGCUUCCAACUGCGUGCAAGAAGUGCCGGAUUUCUCAGAGAACGGAUAUUUCCAAUAUACCAAUGGGUAUGAUUUCGCACAGUUCUAUAAUUCACUCUGUUAUCCGAACCUGCUGAUGGAACAGUACCGCAUGUGUGAUGAUGCUGGUUUACCCUUGUACUGCGGUUCAGAGUACGCUAUGACAAAUGAAGAAGUCUAUGGACAUCAGCCAAGCUUUAAGAAACGUAAAAAGCGUUUCCGUACGUUUGAGGAGAUGCCAACAGCAAAUGGGAACUCUUACGACGUUGGAAAUGUACCGUCCGCAAUAGCGGUCGAAUCCAACACUACCGGUAGUGAUGCUAUCGAUUGCGUGCCAGAAAGCCAUGUUCCUUCUAGUGAUGUUAGUCAUCAGUCGUAUCAACUGAAUGCUGAAGUGCAAGAAUUUCUACCUUCCGUCGUUCCACACUCAAGUGCCGUUCAACCUGGCGUCGUGUGUGCAUCAGCUGACAAAACGAAUAACGGCACCAAGAGUACCACUCGUACCGUAGCGAAAACUCGACAUCCAGUUGUACCAAAACUUCCAAACUCAUCAUCCCCUAAAGUGGCUGCUGGAUCUGGUGCCUGCCAUGCUGCCGACGACAUUUCUCCAGUUUCUGCUAAUGGAAAAUCGCCACCAAACAAAGCGAACCGCAAAAAGGACCUGAUCGAAUCAACGCUUGCCUUCGCUGCCCAGAAUAUUGAUCUCACGCGUCCGAAAACGAUCGCAGCCCAAGCAUCGUCUAACGACAGCGAACUAUUCUGGACGACCAUUGAUCGAAAUGGACGAAAAAAGCGAGUAGCAACGAUUCCGGAACAGGAAACGGUCACUGCCAAUGAAGCGGAGAAGGAAUCUUCUGCCGAAAAACAUACGAAAGAGAAAUUAGCGGUUGGAGAAACAAUGCAAUCGGAGACACCGAUCACUGAAGCAAAGGAUGACGGUACGUCUACUGUAGAAAGUCCGACACUGUUCGUCGCGAGCGUUGCCUCGGAUGUAAGUAGCAAAAAGGAGCUAACUAAAAGUAAGAAAAAGACACAAAAGCACAAAAGACAACAGCUCCGGAAGUCAAUGAGCAGCUUCAAUAAGCAACUGGAAGGAUUUCAGCUGAUCGAACCUGAAUUCACUUCUUCAACGACAGGACAUCGUCGGGGCAGAAGCAAUGAUAAAACUGGACGUGUUGACACUACAGUUCCCAAGCAUCAACAAGAAGAUACGCAAGUUAAAGACACCGUUAAGAAACAGUCAUCCUCUGUGGUGAUCGCGCAACAAAAUAGAACAACAGAUGGCCAUAACCGUGUCAUUGAGAAGCAGUCAGAAAUCGUGGAGGUGAAGUUGAAUUGUGAUAACUCAAGCAAUGGUACGUCUUCCGAAGUCUCGCCUUCGGAAGAUGAUGCUCAGUGUGAGGUUGAAGAGAUGGUUGCUCAAAAAACGAUGCCGUUGUUAGCCCUUGCCUCGGCGUUGGCUGAGAAAACUAAUGUUAAUGAGACUGAGACUGAAAAACAUCACCAACAAUUGAUGUCGGCAGGCGUCGAGGAAGCACAAGAUAAAGAGCAGGAAGCUGAAUUUGCGAAACAAGCAGACGUUGAAAAUGAGGAUGCUAAAAAUGAUGUUAAGCAGAUCGUACAAAUUGGAGAGCUGCGGAAAGAGAUUGAUCAGGAGAUAGUGCAGAGCACGCAGGAAUCAAUCGAGCUUGUUGCUUCAUCGAUUAGUCAUUGUUUAGACGAGGUAAAGCUUUCUGAUGAAGUUGAUGUUAAUGUUCUCUCGGCUCCAAUCGAACAGCAGCAGAUAAUGAACGUUCAAUUGUCUGUCGACACGAACGUGUUUACCAGCGCCGCUAAACAGCUUACAAUCAGGUCAGUUAGUCCCACAUUGCCAGCACUCGAAGAAGAUGAGGCAGAAGACCAUGCCGAUGGUAUGGCAAAUGAUACCAUCGUAUCAGAAGGUGAUGAUACGCGCACGAAGCGGGACAGUAUGUCCGGUGCUGGGUACACCGAAAGCAUUGACUCGGGCCUCCAAAGUCCCGCACCGUGUGGUGGAGUUGCCUCACCGGAAACUUCGUCCAUGGUGAGCUCAAUCGAAAGUCAACCAGCCAUAGAUUUGCCGGAUGUAGCUUCCAGCCAGUCUGCCUUGUCCCAAAUAGUGGGCACGUGGCUUAUGAGAAAGCUGGAGGUACACGAACCCGAGGAGGUGUUUGUACUGCCCAGCAAUCCACUGCUGAUCCAGCGUCUGGAACGGUUCCAUCAGCUGCAGAGACGAGAGCGCCGUGAACGGCUGCGGGGACCACUAGCAUCUGAAUCUGAGGGAGAAGACCAGGAGUACGAUCUCGACGAUGACGAUGAUACGGAUAGUGAUUACAUGAGCGAUGGUCAAGGAAGAAUUGAUCGUACACAGUCGGAUGACGCUAACAGCUCAAAUCCAGGUUCACCGCUCAACUUUCCGCAACAGGAGGUUGGUGUGGUGCAAAAAAAUACCCUAGCUGACCCACAAACAGAGUCACUAGCCGAUGCAAAACAGCAUGACGAAAGCGAGCGACAUGCAACACACCACAGUGAUAACGGUAAAAAUAUGUCCGAUGCAGGCAUGCCUCGUGCACCCGAUUCGAAACGCUGCUUGAUCAUGUAGAACUUCGCAUAAAGCUAACGAGAGCUUCAUCUUCAUUUAUAAAUAUACUACAUCAUAAUCUGAGCAGCCAACCCCUCGAAACUCACAUGCAAACACACACACACACACAGACACAGCCGCUCAUUGCCUUUUCCUUCAUGCUGAGAUAUUUCGUAAGGAGUUGAUAAGAUUUGCAUAAUCACAUAAUUAGGUUGUUAAAGAGACGGUAUCAAACAGAGCUGGAAAAGACAUAGAGUUGUUCUUACAUGAACUACGCGACCACCUCAUCACCGUUGGUGCGUUGUCUUUUCGUAGAACGAUAUCAAAUUUCUAAUCGCGAUACAGCGCCAAGUUAAUAUUAUUCAUAAAUUAGUAUACUACGGCACUCGUACAUUAACCGUUCGUUAACGAUAGAGCUGCUGAAUUGUUAAUACACAAAGAAAGAAGCGAAGCGAAACGUUUGACAAAGCCAGUACCGGCAGUGCUUCUUCUGCUACAAACUCUAAUUCGAUAAUAAGGCACAAGCAUGCCCGGUUAAGGACAUGGUUUUUACUCGUUGCAACGUGCGAAGCAAUAAUUGGUUUCUUUCGAUGUUUUCUGCAUUCACUAGGAGGUGUUUUUGUUUGUUUGUUUUGUUUUCUAGAAGAAUGAACCCCCCCGGUCUCGCUUACACUCGAUUAAUGCAUUGUUUAAUGCACAUUGUUGAACGUAAUUCUUACUAAAGGUAUACUUAUUAUUAAUAAAGAAUACUAGUUGCAUAACUGCGCUGAUAAGCAAAUUUAAAACGCUGCGGCGCUCAACUGCAGAUUGCAAUAAAUUUAAAAGUGAACAAACCAAAAAAUGGCAGAAAGGAACGAAUAAAAUGAGCUAAAAAGUAAAA